AUGACAGUUAAAGCAGCAGACGUUCCAAAGGAUCAAAGAUCACUGACAACCAUAACAAAAGAUUCCCUGGACCCUGGAUUUCAAGUAGAAGUAGGAGGAUUCACCACCACAACAAAAGAAGAUCAAAAAGCUCUGAUGGAAGAUCAGAAGGUUCUUGAAGAAGCAGCAGCAGAUAAGCGACCCAAGUUUGGCAACCGCCAUCUGACCAACGAGGACGACGUUUUCCAGUUCAAUGCCUGGGACGAUGUUCCUCUCGAUCCGGAGACGCUCGGUCAGGUGGUGCGGACGAUUGAGGCGAAUGCCAGUGCGAAGGUGGCCGAGGAGAAGGCAACCGAGCUGGAGGAAAAGGCCGGCGACUACUGGAACACCUUCUACAACCAACAUGAGAACAAGUUCUUCAAGGACCGGCACUGGCUGUUCACCGAGUUUCCGGAGCUGGUGCCCGAGUCUGCUGAUCAACUGGAGCAACCGAGACCACAAAAGACCAUUCUCGAACUAGGCUGCGGCGUGGGGAACACCGUCUUUCCGCUACUGGAAAUGGACCCAUCACUCUUCGUCUACUGCUGCGACUUCUCGGCGAAGGCGAUCGAGCUGGUGAAGGCCACCGCCGCCACCUCAGCUCACGGCCACCGCCUCUGUCCCUUCGUCUUCGACCUCACCUCGCCUGACUGGGCCGCUGCAGGCGUUCCCUUUGCCCCCGGUUCGCUCGACGUCGUCACGAUGAUCUUCGUUCUCUCCGCCAUCGACCCGACCCACCACCGGCGAAUAGUGGCGCAGAUCACGCCCUACCUGAAGCCCCGGACAGGGACGAUUCUCUUUCGCGACUACGCCUACUGCGACCUGGCGCAGGUGCGCUUCAAGCGCGGCCGUUGCAUCAAGGACAACUUUUAUGUGCGCGGCGACGGCACGCGAUCGUACUUUUUCGAAGAGGCCGAGGUGGACGCCAUUUUUUCACAAAGUGGCGGCCUGCGCAAGGUCGACCUGCACCUCGACCGGCGACUGCAGGUGAACCGCGCCAACAAGAAGAAGAUGUACCGCAUUUGGAUUCAGGCAAAGUACCAGAAUAGUGGUGCUGUCUCAGCUAGAGACAGUUAG